AUGUCUCUCAGUGGCUCGAUGGUGCUUACUCUCCACCCGAGCCAUGCGCCUACUGCCAUCGACAUCGCGUCGCGAUUUGAGACCGUAUCUCCCGUCUUUAGUAACCUUCAUGGACUAGCAGAGGAUGUGGAUGAGGUGGGUAUCCAAGUGGAAGAGAAUGCAAAAGCAAUGGAGCCCGAUAAUGACCGCAGAGAGUCCAAACAACUCCUCAGGAAGGGUGCGAGAACGUUGAAGGCGUGGUUCUAUCAGCAUCAGGAAUAUCCCUAUCCCAACGAGGCUGAAAAGGAAGAGCUUUCAAAGGAGACUGGGCUCUCCGUGAAACGAGUGUCAACUUGGUUUGCAAACGCUCGGCGACGCCAGAAACAGAAACAGAAAUCUGCAGCUCCACCAACCGAAAUUUUCCGAUUCGGUUCACCUAUGCCUUCUAUGACUCCUAUGGAGCGGUGGCAGGCGACCCCUCCAGAAGAUGAAGCAGUUCCCCAAUCUACCAUCGAGAAAGCGAUUCCAACUAAUGGGUCUGGGCCUUGCAUGAGCACAUUUUCAAACAGCUUCAACGACUUUGAUUAUCUUCUAGAUUUGGAUGACGAUUCAUCUCAUUUAGAUUCGUCUGCAGCGAGUCUCGGAGGUAAAUAUUCAGAAGCAUCCUCUGAUAGCUUUUCAUCAGCUUGGAGUCAUCACUCUUCGGGUGACAAUGGCCUGUCGUUUUCAUCUCUGCCCAAGCGUCCACGACCAAGGCCAAAGCGAGGACGGCGCAAAAGUACAUCUGAGGGUGCAUACCAAUGUACAUUUUGCACGCAGUCGUUCAAUAAGAAGAAUGACUGGUGCCGACAUGAGAAAAGUGUACAUAUAUCACUUGAAUCGUGGAUAUGCUCCCCCGACCUUCAGGAUCUCCAGCCUUCGGCACCUGCACUAGCAGAAUGCAAAUUCUGCGACACCAAAGGUCCAUCUCGAACUCACUGGGAAACGCACGACUUCAAUGUCUGCGCCGAUACACCCAUCGCCGAGCGAUCAUUUACACGGAAAGAUUACCUCUGGCAACAUCUGAAAAAAUUCCACGCUUGCACAAAACUCCCGGUGGCAAAACUUGAAGAUUGGCGCUGUCAAGGCAAUAACAUAACUAGUCGAUGCGGUUUCUGCGAAACAACUUUUCCAACGUGGUCUACACGAAUGGAUCAUUUAGCAGGACACUUCAAGCAAGGCGCACGAAUGUCGCAGUGGACGGGGGACUGGGGCAUGGAGCCAGCUGUCAUGGCUCGUCUGCGGAAUGCAGUUCUACCUGCUGAAAGAUCCUUUAUAGUCUUCCCAGAUUGA